AGAAAGAAAAAGGAAAGAUCCUAUUUGCGCUGGAGCUUUGCUGUUGAUGUCCUUAUUAACUGCAUUUGUUUCAUCUAUCCUGGUCCAGUUAUAUUCUCAGGAUGCCAUGCACUGACCAGGGGUGGAACCCACCCCUCCCUCCUUCAAUCGCCAAUGCUAGUAAUGAUACUACCCCAGUGCCGUCCCUGAAACGACAUGCUGCUUGCGAUGAAUGUAGAAAACGAAAGUUGAAAUGCUCGGGCGAAUCCAAAGGUUGUAGUCGUUGCAUCAAGCAGUCUCUCGCCUGUCACUACUCAAUACAAAAGCAAAUGGGACGACCACCCAAGAAACGAAUGCGAGAGGACGACGAUGAGGAUCCAUUGAGGGUCUCUGGCAAUGAUAGAUGGACGGAUUUCGAUAAUAAUAAUCAAUUCACGCCUUUCCACGUCGGAACAGACCCUACUACCACCACAUCAGAAGCCUUCGGUUUGUUUCCUCAAGUAUAUUGUGCCCCAGUUAGAAGACAAGAAGCAAACCUUUUAUCUGCGGAUGACGAGCAUAACCAUUCUUGGCAACCAGAUCAUCUGGGAAUGAAUUUAAAUCCAAUUCCCGCAACGAGUAGCCCAUGGCCCGAUUUUUCAAGUGUGUCCGCGGCAACCUCCAAUCCGUUCACAAUGCCAGCGAGCUUGCAAGAUAUGCAGUCUCUUCCUAUGACACCUUCUUCCAAUACGGAUUCUACCGACUCCAGCAACGCUCAGUGUACAUGUUUGUCAUAUCUAUAUCUAUGCCUCAGCCAUCUUUCCUCACUUGCCCCUUUUCCGAUCUCACAACACACAAUAUGCUCGUUAUUCAUUGCUGCCAAGACAGCCCGGGAUGUCAUCCGUUGCGAAGCAUGUCCAAAGAAUUUUGCCACGGGCAUGCAAAAUGUCAUGUUUACAGGAACACUCUUGAACGUUGUCGCCGAUGCUUGGUUACGCGUGUCAAAGGCCGAUGCGGUAGAAUUGGGGAAGCAGGCAGCACCGCCCUCCUACGUGACGUUUAUGGCUCAAAAGUCCCACAACCCCGCCGAAAGCUGGGCAAAAUGGCUUCGUGGGACUGUUCGAAGUGCUGUCAUUGGCGGGUCUACUGAACAGGCCGGCCGUGUCCAAUGUUCUGAUUCGCCAAAUCUGCUCUCCCUUAUCAAGGAGAUGGAGGCACGCCAGCGAAAAUGGCACUCAGGGAAGGAUUCACAUCCGUUACACCGCUCCCCUGCUUCCGACCAAUCUGAUGGCGAUUCUUGCAGUCCAUCCCAAGAAGCAGAUGAGAGAGAUCUUCUAUGUCUCCGAGUGGUUGGAAGUGCCAGAGAAGUUAUCGCUAAAUUCAAAUUCGAGCCGUCCGAGUAUCCUGAUGGGGUGAUUUCCUAAACAUGAGUGACGACGAUACAUACAUACUGCAUUCAAGCAACGAAAUUUAUGACAUAUUAGGCGUUUGGUUGAGUCAAAAUGUUAGGUGUUGCCAUUACCAGCUGAAAUAACUCUAUUUUGUUUAAUAGCUAUAUUAAUUACAACCGAGUACAGACAGUGGCUUUGCGUAUCUAUGAAUGGGCAGGGGAGGAGAAGGUUCUAGUUACUUUGCGACCUCUCCGAUGCACCUAGGCUA